CAAAAUUCUAACCUCACUUUUUCACAGAUGUUUGGUUCGUUGACAUUUGCUACAACGCUACUACGUUUUCCUUUAGCCGAUUACAAAUAGGCAGUAAAAGAAUAUAGGAUUGUGAUUAGUGAAAACAUAGUAGUUAAACCUACAAAGUGUGUUUGUUCGAGUUGCAAUUAAAGCGAACAAAUAUCGGCGAAAAUAAGGUUUGUGAACAGUUGUCUGCAAAAUGUCGGAAGAAAACCCCCAAAAACCCGAAGAAAUGGAGGAGGAUCCUGAUCCAAGCGACUUAAUAAGGUGUCGAGACUUCUUAUACAGACUGGUAAUCAGUCAAUUGUAUUAUGACGGUCACCAAACCAUGGGUACUAACUUAUCGACAGCCAUACAAGCCGACCCACCAUGCGCACCUAGCGAUAGGCUUUUUAACUUGGUCCUAAAAGGUUUGGAACACGAACAUGAAAUUUACGAAAAACCAAAUGCCAAUGGGGUUAAACCUGUGAGAAUUGGAGCUUGCCUUGAUCUUGAAUUCGAGUCGGAAAGUGACACCCCAGCUCCUGAGCCGGCUCUGUACGAAACUGCUUACGUAACCUCUCAUAAAGGUAACUGCAGAGCCGGCUGUUUCUCAGCCGAUGGCCAAUUGGUCGCCACAGGUAGUGUAGAUGCUAGUAUUAAAGUGCUAGAUGUGGAUAGAAUGGUUGCCAAGUCGUCCAAUGACGAUAUGGACCCUUCCAGAUUGGAGCAACAGGGUCAUCCAGUUAUAAGAACGUUGUACGACCACAUGGAAGAGGUCACCUGCUUGGAAUUUCACCCCAAAGCGCCAUUUUUAUGCUCUGGGUCCAAAGAUAACACUAUUAAAUUGUUCGAUAUAUCCAAGGCUAACGCUAAAAAAGCCUUCAAGACUGUCACUGAAGUGGAGCCAAUUCAAUCAAUGUCUUUCCACCCCUCCGGAGAACAUUUGAUCGUAGCUACGGAACACCCUGUAGUUCGUAUGUACGACGUCAACACCCUGCAAUGCUUCGUGUGUUCGUUCCCCAAACAUCAACACACCAAAACCGUGACGUGUCUGAACUGGUCCCCAAACGCCAAACUAUUCGCGACCGGAAGCAAAGACGGAAGCGUUAAACUCUGGGACGGCGUUUCGAAUCGUUGCGUGAACCAUUUCACCAAGGCUCACGACGGUUUGGAAGUUUGCUCCGUAUUGUUCUCGAAGAACGGAAAGUAUUUACUGACAGCCGGCAAAAACUCGAUCUGCAAGUUGUGGGAGUUGAGCACCAGUAGAUGCCUGAUAGCCUAUACAGGAGCCGGUACCACGGGAAAGCAGGAGUACGAAGCCCAGGCUGUUUUUAAUCACACGGAAGACUACGUUUUGUUCCCCGAUGAAGCCACAACUUCAUUGUGCACUUGGAACUCGAGAAACGCUUCGAGGAAGAAGUUGAUGUCCCUAGGGCAUAAUGGCGCAGUCAGAUGGAUUGUGCACUCUCCCACUCAAGCUGCAUUCUUGACUUGCUCCGACGAUUUUAGGGCAAGGUUUUGGUAUAGAAGAUCGCCAACUCUUUAAUUAUAAUCACCCUUAAGUUUUAAGCACUAAGUUUACUAUAAAUUGUCAGAAAUUUAAUUCCAAUGUAACCUCUUGUUGUGUAAUAAUAUAAUAAACAAUAGGUAGUAAAG